CUGAAGCGGCAAUAAUGUCAAAGAACAUGGACAACUUACUCCUAUAUUUUAUUAUUUCGUUGGGUCAUUUAAUUUACAUGUUUAUAGCGAAUUAUAUUGGUCAAAAGGUUAUCGAUUACAAUAACGAACUCUUUCAGUUAAUUUGUAGUUAUAAUGGAUUAUGGUACGCGGCACCAUUGCCUACUCAGAAAUUAUUAUUAUUUAUACUGCUAAGAGAAAAAAAACAUAUUGUUUUAUCGGUUUUCGGCAUACUUAUUGGGUCCUUGGAAUGUUUCGCUAAGGUAAAAUUAAAAUUUAUUUAUUUAAUAGAUAACAAUUAAAUUUUAAAUAUUUAUGUAA